UCACGCUCCUAUUGGCCAAUAACAUUGAAGGCGCUACCUUUCAAACCCGGCUCUGAUUGGCCUAUAAUCCCGGAAUAGGCGUUAACCUCAGGAAGGCAAUGACAAGAUGGCGUCCCUGGAUCGAGUGAAGGUACUGGUUUUGGGAGACUCAGGUGUUGGGAAAUCUUCCUUAGUUCAUCUUCUGUGCCAGAAUCAAGUGCUGGGAAAUCCAUCAUGGACUGUGGGCUGCUCAGUAGAUGUCAGAGUUCAUGACUACAAAGAAGGAACUCCAGAAGAGAAGACCUACUAUAUAGAAUUAUGGGAUGUUGGAGGCUCUGUGGGCAGUGCCAGCAGUGUGAAAAGCACAAGAGCAGUAUUCUACAACUCUGUAAAUGGUAUUAUUUUAGUGCAUGACUUAACAAAUAAGAAGUCAUCCCAAAACUUGUACCGUUGGUCACUGGAAGCUCUAAAUAGGGAUUUGGUGCCAACUGGAGUCUUGGUAACAAAUGGGGAUUAUGACCGGGAACAGUUUGCUGAUAACCAAAUCCCACUGUUGGUAAUAGGGACUAAACUGGAUCAGAUUCAUGAAAACAAGCGUCAUGAAGUUUUAACUAGGACUGCUUUCCUGGCUGAGGAUUUCAAUGCAGAAGAGAUCAAUUUGGAUUGCACAAAUCCACGGUACUUAGCUGCAGGUUCUUCCAAUGCUGUCAAGCUCAGUAGGUUUUUUGAUAAGGUCAUAGAGAAGAGAUACUUUUUAAGAGAUGGUAAUCAGAUUCCAGGCUUUCCUGAUCGAAAAAGGUUUGGGGGAGGAACAUUAAAGAGCUUACAUUAUGACUGAAUUACAUUCAUCCUUUGGAAGAGUGAGCAAGCGGUGGCAGUUUUUCACAGCUUUCUUCUUGCUGUGUCGAUUAUUAAUGUCUCAGCCUUUUAAUGAUAUCAUCUUUAAAAUACCACCCUUCAGCCUCACCCUUUAAUGGAAAACUGAAAGGAAGUAACAGCGUGGGAGCUCCAGACUUUGUCCUCAUUUUAUUUUUCACCUUUCUGUCCCUGUUUAUAGAUUAUAUAAAAACCUUGUAGAAAUAUGAGAUGUCAAAAUGAUGCAGUAAAUGAGCAGUGACAGAAUGCUGCAGAGAAAAUUUACUCUUGCCUAGAACUGGAGGAUUUUUAUGGGUCUGUAAUUUUCCCACAUGCAUUGCUGAAGGCUUAAUUAAGUACUUGAGAAAUGUAUCUCCAUUGUUUUACCUUCUGAGGGGAAAGGUUAUGUUAACCAGCCUGAGUUGUCCACCCCAAACAAUCUCUGUCAUUUUCAAAGAAGCAAAAUGGUGUUAUUUAAUUGUCUCCACCUUCAUCACACACACAAGGAUGCCUAAUAAUAGCAAUUGUCUCUCUCUCUCCUCCUUUGCAAAUGGCUCAGUGGCUGGAAGAGGCAGACUAAGAGCUGGAGUUAAAUAUAAAUAGAUUAAUAAUACAUAGAGAACAGCAGUACCAGUAAAGGAGAAUUCUGCAAGAAACUGACAGCUCAGUAAACGCUUCACUCCUUAGGUUCCAGCUCUGCACCCUAUUACUGUUUUCUGUUUGAAAACAGGCAGGGUGAACUCUAAGACCUGCACAAGGGCAGGAAGAGGGAUUUACACCCUCUUCAGUUUUUAUUUUUAUUUUUGAAGGAAAAGUCAACUCCUAAAAUGUCCCUUAACUACAGUCCAUAAACUAUGAAUAUUAUUCUUUGUGUUAACAAUGCAUUUAUGGAGAGAAGUAAAAAUAAGUUCCACAGCAACACAUUUACAUGAAUUAUGGACUAGGAUUCUUGGAUUUCAUAAUCUAAAGUUUUUCGGGGUGGUGUGUGUGUGUGUAUAUGCAUAACUGUUCAUCGUUACUUUUUUUACCCAUCUUUUUUGCUUGUAUAAUUCCCUUUGCCCCAGUUCUUUAUUAAUAUAUAAACCUGUUUUACAGAAACUGUAAUUUGCUGCCUUAUUCAACAACACCUUUUCACACAUAUUCUGUUUCUAGCUUUGCUGUAAGACUCCACACUCCUGAUUUUGCUCCAUAUUAAAGUAUAAUAAUAGUAAA